CCACACCCCGGGCCCCGCGCGCCCCGCCGACGGGAACCCGCGGACAUGGCGAACCAGGUUAUCAAGUGCAAGGCUGCAGUUGCCUGGGAGGCUGGAAAGCCUCUCUCCAUCGAGGAGGUAGAAGUGGCACCCCCAAAGGCUCACGAAGUUCGAAUUAAGAUUAUUGCCACUGCGGUUUGCCACACUGACGCCUAUACCCUGAGUGGGGCUGAUCCUGAAGGGAGUUUUCCAGUGAUCUUGGGACACGAAGGUGCUGGAAUUGUGGAAAGUGUUGGUGAAGGAGUUACUAAGCUGAAGGCAGGUGAUACUGUCAUCCCACUUUACAUCCCACAGUGUGGAGAAUGCAAAUUUUGUCUAAAUCCUAAAACAAACCUUUGCCAAAAGAUAAGAGUGACUCAAGGGAAAGGAUUAAUGCCAGACGGUACUAGUAGGUUUACAUGCAAAGGAAAGACAAUUUUACAUUACAUGGGAACCAGCACAUUCUCUGAAUACACAGUUGUGGCUGAUAUCUCUGUUGCUAAAAUUGAUCCUUUAGCACCUUUGGAUAAAGUCUGCCUUCUGGGUUGUGGCAUUUCAACUGGUUAUGGUGCUGCUGUGAAUACUGCCAAGGUGGAGCCUGGCUCUACUUGUGCCGUCUUUGGCCUGGGAGGAGUUGGAUUGGCGGCUAUCAUGGGCUGUAAGGUAGCUGGUGCAUCGCAGAUCAUUGGUGUGGACAUCAAUAAAGAUAAAUUCGCAAGGGCCAAGGAGUUUGGAGCCUCUAAAUGUAUUAACCCCCAGGAUUUCAGUAAACCCAUCCAGGAAGUGCUCAUUGAGAUGACUGAUGGUGGAGUGGACUAUUCCUUUGAGUGUAUUGGUAAUGUGAAGGUCAUGAGAGCAGCGCUGGAGGCCUGCCACAAAGGCUGGGGCCUCAGCGUGGUGGUUGGAGUGGCUGCUUCAGGUGAAGAAAUCGCCACUCGUCCAUUCCAGCUGGUAACAGGCCGCACGUGGAAAGGCACUGCCUUUGGAGGAUGGAAGAGUGUAGAAAGUGUCCCAAAGUUGGUGACUGAAUAUAUGUCCAAAAAGAUAAAAGUUGAUGAAUUUGUGACUCACAGUUUAUCUUUUGACCAAAUUAAUGAAGCCUUUGAACUGAUGCAUGCAGGAAAGAGCAUCCGAACUGUUGUAAAGCUUUAAAUUCGAAAGAGAAAAAUAUGUCCAUCCUUGUAUGGAAGUCCUGUGGUCUCACUGGAGCCGCCACACAAGCCGCUAGAAGCUUUUUCAAGUUCACAGCCUCUUAGACCUUCAGUAACCUACUCUAGGGAAUAAUGUUUUGUGUAUAAUCUCUAAUAAAUUUUCAUAAAUCUUUAAUCAGGGACAAGGCUAAUACAGUCAUAAAUCUGUCUUCUUCACCUGAAUAAUUGCUAGCUCAUUAAGGAAUACUUUAACAAAAUAAAAGUAAUUUCUGCUUGUG